AUCCCCACUUCCAUUCGAAACAAACUUCUCUUCCUCUCAUUCCUCUUUCUCCCUGCAAUCAAUCACUCCUUCCAUUUUCUCUUCUUCUCUUCAGUCCUAGGUGCCUAAUUUGGGAAAUUUUGCUUGCAAGAUGCGAUUUUUUGUUACUUUGUAACUUUACUUUAGGUACAAACAUUGAUUCGGCAAAGUUUUGUAACCAUCCAAUAUCUAACGGAGAAGAACCCUAGUAAUCUAAAGUUGCAUUCUUUGUGUGUAGAAAGUUACAGAAGUAUUAAAUUGAUGGAUACUGCAGCAGGUCCAAGUCUCUAUCCAUUGCAUCAUAGCAAAACUAUUCACCUGGUUAGGCAUGCCCAAGGAGUUCAUAAUGUAGAAGGAGAAAAGGACCAUGAUGCUUACUUAUCUUAUGAUCAUUUUGAUGCAAACCUAACCCCUCUUGGAUGGAAGCAGGUUGAAAAUCUGCAAAAGCAUGUGAAGGCUAAUGAACUUCCCAGAAAAAUUGAACUAGUUGUUGUUUCCCCAUUGUUAAGAACAAUGCAAACAGCUGUUGGAGUCUUUGGUGGGGAAGCAUACACUGAUGGAAUUAGUGAACCUCCUCUGAUGGUGGAAAAUGUGGGACACAGUGAUCAUCAUGCUGUUUCUUCUCUGAACUGCCCACCAUUUCUUGCUGUAGAGCUUUGCCGGGAGCAAAUGGGACUCCAUCCUUGUGAUAAGAGAAGAACCGUUAGCGAGUACCGACACAUGUUUCCAGGAAUUGAUUUUUCAUUGAUUGAAACCGACGAGGACACUUGGUGGAAACCCGAAAGAGAGAAGAAAGAAGAAGUUACUGGUAGGGGGCUAAAGUUUUUGGAAUGGUUGUGUACACGUAAAGAGAAGGAGAUAGCUGUUGUUACCCACAGCAGUUUUCUGUUUAAUACCCUCAGUGCUUUUGGAAAUGACUGUCACCCAAAUAUCAAGACUGAAAUGUGCAAACAUUUUGCUAAUUGUGAACUACGCUCCAUGGUUAUUGUUGAUAAAGGUAUGAUUGGAUCUCAUAAUUCAACCACCAACUAUCCUGGCAAAAUUCCUCAUGGUCUGGAUCUUCCUAGUGAUGCUACUGACUAGAAAAAUAUUACUGAAAUUCAAGUAAUGGGCUGACCAAAUAAUUGUUCUUGGUAGUAUGUAACAGCCUUGGAAUUUUCUUCAGUACAGAGUAUAUUGAUUGAUUUCUUAGUCGCAUUUAUGGUAUAAUAUUUUUGUUUCUUAGGAAAUAAAAGUAUCUCCGUAAGAACAAUUUUAAAAUUCCUUGUCCAAGGGAGUAAGUAUAUCAGUUUUUUAAAUAGAUGAUUAUUUUUAACAUAUGAAAAUAUUUUUCACUUUAUAGACCUACUAGCGGAAAAAGUUAGACUAACGGACUUUUAUGUUGCAUUUAAUCCGGGCCGGUCUAAUAAGUUUGGAGGCCAAAAGUAAUU